GGUGACUCGGGGCAGGAUGCUGUCCAAGAAGGAGAAGAAGCUGAUCAAGGAGAUCUGGGAGCGUCUGACUCCGGUGGCUGAAGACAUCGGAUCUGAUGCUCUGCUCAGGAUGUUUGCUUCGUAUCCCGGCACCAAGACGUAUUUCUCCCACCUGGACAUCAGCCCUGGCUCCGCCCACCUCUGCUCCCACGGCAAGAAGAUCGUCCUCGCCAUCGCCGAGGGCGCCCAGGACAUCAGCCAGCUGACCGUCACGCUGGCGCCGCUGCAGACGCUGCACGCCUACCAGCUGCGGAUAGAUCCCACCAACUUCAAGGUCAGGCUGGGGUCUGUGGUCAGGGUCAGAGGUCAGAGCUGCUUUCUCACUGUAUGCUCGUCACGCUGGCCUGCUACCUGGGGUCAGAGUUCACGCCGGUCGCUCACGCUGCCAUGGAUAAGUUCCUGUCAGCCUUCGCAGCCGUUCUCUCAGAGAAAUACAGAUGAGACUCAGCAGCCACUGUUCUGCAUCAUAUUUACAUGUAAAUGAUUUAUUGUCUUAUUGUUUCAUGGGUUUUGUUAUAAUAAACAACUGCAGGAUAAAUGAGUCAUGUUUUGUUUUUAUUGUAUAAACAUUUAUUAAACACCUUGUUUGUCUUU